AUGGAAGCCAAAGCUCUUGAAACGGAGUUGAGCAUUGACAAAUGUAGCUCCAAGGAAGAAGCUUUAAAAGUCUCUAUUGCUGCUAUUGAGUUAUAUAUUGAAGUUUCGAAGCAAGUACUUGGAAAUGUCGAAAAGGCAAGGAUCAACCGAAAAUGCAAGGCAUUGAUGUUGAAAGCGGAAGAGAUCAAGAAGUCAUCCACUUGGCCUAUAAAACCCGCUUCAAUCUUCCUGAAAGCUCCAGUAUCCGAACGAACCUUGAGUAAACAUGAAGAAAUUAUCUUGCUCGAGGGAUCAAGAUUGCACGGAUUUAUUUUCCCACGGUGGACCUCUGAACCUGAUGACACGAUAUUUGAAGCAUCCUUAUAUACAGACUCUUCUGAGCUAAAGCUUUCUGAGGAUCAAAUUGAAACAUUUGCAGGUUGGAAGAGACCUCACGAGAGGGAUGAGGUUCCUUCUCAAAUGCUGGAAGAUGUGGAAAAUACCGAUAUUCUUAUGAAUGCCUCUAAAGAUAUUGAUCUUGUCCAGGAUAUAACUACAGAUUGUUCUGUCGUAGCCAGUCUUUGUGCGGGAACAGCACGUGCUGGAAAAGGUCAUAGCAAGGUACUGGAUACUAUUCUGCGCCCAUAUGAUAUAAAAAAGCAGAGGCCGAGAUCAUCUAAAAAUGGGAAAUACAUACUCCGUCUUCAAUUCAAUGGCUGUUAUAGGAAAGUCACAAUAGACGAUCGGCUACCAGCUUCAAGCUCAGCUCGCAAUCUUCAUGUCGUGGAUAGAAACAAUCCUAUGUUGCUAUGGCCUGCAUUGAUUGAGAAAGCAUAUCUAAAAGUGCGAGGCGGCUACGAUUUUCCAGGCUCGAACUCUGGCACAGACUUAUGGAUAAUGACUGGAUGGAUUCCUGAGCAAAUAUUCUUACAGAGUGACGAAAUUCAGUCUGAAUUACUGUGGAAGCGUAUUUAUAAAUCUUUUGAGUUCGGCGACGCCAUGAUUACAUUGGGGACUGGUAAGUUGACCAGAAGAGAGGAAGCUGAUUUGGGUCUGGUUGGUGAGCAUGACUAUGCUAUUCUGGAUAUGAGAGAAUCUGGCUCUCAACGACUAUUACUCGUCAAAAAUCCUUGGUGCGAUGGUAUGGCUUGGAAAGGGCCUAGACGAAGUCCAGUUCAGGAGGCAUCGGGAGACAAUACUUGGACGGAAGGUCUUCGGGAAUCCUUGGAAGCGUCUGACACCGCGAGAAGUUCCACCAAACCAGGGACUUUUUGGAUGGCAUUUGAGGAUGUGAUACAGAAUUUCGAGUCCUUGUACCUCAAUUGGAACCCUGGACUCUUUCGUUAUAGACAAGAUCACCAUCUCUCCUGGACGAUUCCACACGUCAAUAACAUCGGAACAUUUACUCAAAACCCUCAAUAUGUCGUUCAUUCUGUUAAAGGAGAGACUGUCUGGGUAAUGCUCAGUCGACACUUCACUACAGAAGAACACGAUAUUGCUCAAGGUUCAAGCACACAAAGCAUCACAUCCAAGUCCCUCGGCUUCAUCAGUCUGUACGUCUUUGACGCCUCCGGUCAUCGCGUUUACUUAAGCGAUGGCGCUCUACACCGCGGUGCCUACGUCGACUCUCCCCAAACUCUCGCGCGAUUCGAGCUACCUGCAAACACCUCCUACACAGUCGUAGCCGCGCAACAAAAUCUCCCUCUCCCCAAAUACUCCUUCUCGUUCUCCUUCUUCUCUCGCUCUCCCCUCACCAUUUGUUCCGCCCCCGACAGUCACACUUUCAGCACCUCUCAUCCCGGCUCCUGGACAACCCGCACAGCGGGUGGCAACGCCAGCUCUCCAUCCUACCCCUCAAACCCUCAGUUCAGCAUCGCAAUCACAGAACCUACCGAUAUAAUGCUCGUCCUCGAAGCAGACAAAGAAGACAUCGCCGUCCACGUAACCAUGAUCUGGGCCUCGGGACAACGCGUCACCGUUAUCAAUUCCCGCGACAUAGUCGGCGGCUCAGGCGACUACCGCCGCGGCUGUGCAUUGGCAGAGCUACACAACGUAGCCGCGGGCAAAUACACCAUCGUCUGCUCCACCUUCCAAGCAGGCGAAAUUGGAAACUUCACCCUGCGCGUCAAAUCCUCGAGCAGAUGCGAAAUCCGACCCGUCCUCGCCGAAACGGCAGGCAGACUCGUGGCCAAACUCCCCACGCUCGUCUUCCAAAAUGGAAUCGAUAGAAUGCUCGCGCCCAUCACCGUCGCCCGUCUCACCCGUCUGAGAUUCGUCGCAAAAACGAGUAUGGAAAAUCGACCGCCGCCGACGAAAUCGAGACCGAGUCUGAGAGUUAGUAUUGAGAGGGGUCAGGGCCCUAAUAAGAUUCUUCUCGAGUCGUCUAACGAGGGAGAAUUCAGCGAUGCGCCGGCGGGGAUCCGCACGAGGGAUAUUGAUAUUUCGAGUGAGAUGAAUCGGAUGGGCGGGAUCUGGGUAGUGGUGGAGAGGCUGGGUGGGAGAUUGGGCUUCGAUGAGGUUUUUGUCGAGGCGUUGAGUGAUUCCAAGGUGGAGAUUGGGGUUUGGGGGACGGGGGAUGGAUAG